UUCUUCAAUUCUUCUCUGUGUCAUUUCUUUCUCUAAGGAGCCCUAAAUUCAGCUCACCUUCUUUAUCUCGCUUCCUUCACAGUAACGAUUCGCUUUUUAAUUCGUAUCCAUGGUUUGAUUCAGGGUUUCACCUUAAGGAUCUUCACCGAUUCAAAAACGAAUUGAAGGGCAAGAGAGAGAUUCGGUUGAUAUUGAUUAUCAAGAGCCCAAGUCUUGUGUUGCUGUACCAAUAUUUGUGGUAGUCUCAAAAAUGCCAAAGGAUAGAAGAGAUCGUUCUGUGUCUUCUGAUAGAUGCAAGGCAUCUCCUUACCCAUGCGGCUCCAGUCACAGCAAGCGAUCUUCACCUAAAACUCCGGCAGAAAUUGAGGAUGACUUAAAGGAAUGGGAAGAUGCCAGAUGCCCUGUGUGCAUGGAACAUCCUCAUAAUGCUGUUCUCCUUAUAUGUACAUCCCACGGGAAAGGCUGCCGUCCUUACAUGUGUGAUACGAGCUAUCGGCACUCUAAUUGUCUGGACCAGUUUCGCAAGUCAUCUGCCGACUCCCCGACAAGGACUUUGCUAUCUGAAGAAACCAGUAUUGCAACCAGUGAUUCACCUGCUGUUGUAAGCUCUGAGUUCAUUGUCGCUGGAGAACAAAGUUUGGAGGGGCUGUCGUCUACUGCAACCAUUUCUUGUGAGAAAAAUCCACAACCUAUACUUUUAUGCCCGCUCUGCCGUGGACAUGUAAAAGACUGGAUUGUAAUGGAUCCUGCUCGCCGAUUUAUGAACGCAAAAUCAAGAAGCUGUGCUUGUGAAACUUGUGAAUUCAGCGGCACCUAUUCCGAUCUCAGGAAACAUGCGAGGCUUGAACAUCCUCUUGUUCGACCUACACAGACUGACCCAGAGAGGCAAUGUAAUUGGAGAACGUUAGAGCGGGAAAGGGACAUUGGAGACUUGAUCAGCACACUUAAUUCUUCAUUUGGGGAAGACAGGGGAGAUGACACCAUUUUACCAAUUGAUGAUGGUGGUUGGCUUACUGUGUUUUUUCUUAUAAGGGUGUUUCGACCCGGGUCCAGUCCAAGGAGUAAUAGCUGGUCUGGUGUCUCAAGAACCAGAGGCCAGCUGACUUUUAGGAGGAGAGCUACCAGGCUCUGGGGUGAGACACACGACGGAGAAGCUGGGUCUUCUACCAGAGACGAGGAAAAUGAUUCUUCUGACGGGGGAUCAGGUGGCCCGUGGAGACGAAGUGAGCGUAUUCGUAAUCGGAAUCGGAAUCGGAAUCAAACAACACCAGACCAGUUGUGAGUGGUGAACUCCAGAGGGCAAGGUUGAAUAGUUUCUUGUUAAGAUGCUCCAACUGUGGAAGAAGGAAGUUCAGUUGAGCAAUGGAGUCUGUUCCACCGCCUGUGGAACGAAUUUUCUUUUUAGUUGCUUGGAAGAUUGUCUCAAGAAUGAGCAAAUUGUAAUGUGGAAAAAGAAAAAAUUAAUCAAGUUAUUUAAUUGACCAGUUUGCUUGCUGUUUUUA